AUGGCCUGUGUUGUAGAGGAGGGCAGACUGCCUGAUCGUGGCUCUGGCCUUGGAAUCUAUGAAUCUGUGUGGGUUGCUGUCAAGCACUUGUGGGAGGGUGAAUUCAUGACAGUGGAUACUUGUUUUCCAUCAGGUCCGGGGAGCUGUGAGAUCCGAGACCGUCGCAUUCUGCAUGGAGUUGGGGAAAGGAGCCCACCACAGUGCUCAGCAGAUGGAGAAUUUUUGCCUGUCCAGUGCAAAUUUGUCAACAUGACGGACAUGAUGGUCUUUGAUCUUGUUCACAGUUAUAACAGGUUUCCAGAUGCAUUCCAAACAUUUAGCUCCUUCAGAAGCAUGUUCCCAGAGGUCUCUGGGUACUGUUACUGCGCUGACAGUCUGGGGCGGGAAUUAGCAGAGACUGGUGAAGAACGAGCAUGUGCCUCAGAGAGACAGCAGGCUCUAUCGAGGCUUUUUUAUGGACCUGUUGGGCACUUCAGUCAGCACAGUUUGUUCGACAUCCCAGAUGUGAAGUCAGAGACUAUAGCCAGGUUUUCGAGCUCUUGCCCUCCUUCCUUCAAGGAGUUGUUUGUGGACUCUGGAUUGCUAUCUCCUAUCACAGCAAAGCAGGAUGCCAGCCAGCUGUUCGCACUAGAAUCCAUCCUCAGUGAUGCUGUCAGAGGGAUGUUUCCAUCAAGACAAUUAGCUCGAGUCGCCCUUCGUUUCACCACCAACCCAAAGCGCUUCCAAGAAAACCUGUUUGGAGGAAAGUUCUUGAAGAAUCUGAUCCAGUUUAACUUUACGGGAGCACUCGGCACUAGAGGGAAAUUCAGCAUUGGCCAGUUUUUCCAGCAGGGAGGCGUGACAGGAAUGGACAAUGGAGGAGGCUUUGCAGAACGACCCGAAGGGUUGUCACUGGAAACAUCAAAGGAGAGCUUCAAUUUGAGUCAACCUCUUGUGGACAGCUUUGGCCGCACUGUUAGUUUACAGGACAAUCAGAAUGGGGUAGAAUUUCUCGCUUCUCUUCUGGAACUUCCAGAGUUUUUUGUCUUUUUACAACAUGUUAUUUCUGUCCCUGAAAACAUCGCUGAAGAUUUAGGUGAGGUGGUGAAAAUAGCUUUAAAGUCCAAAGAUUGCACUGAGCAGCCCACGGAUUUGUUUGUUCCGACGUGCACCAAGGAGGGGAGGUAUGAGGAAGUUCAGUGCUAUGAAGCCACGUGCUGGUGUGUAGACUCGCGAGGUCCAAGUGCUUGCCAAGUAACUGCUGCUCAGAUUUUUCUGAAGACGGUGCAGCUACUGUUGUCAGACCCACGUGCGCUGUCUCAGCUGUCCAGUGUUUACAUUCCACAGUGCAGCACCGACGGUAACUGGAGACAGGUGCAAUGCAAUGGCCCCCCUGAGCAAGCUUUUGAAUGGUACCAAAGGUGGAUCACCCAGAAUAAUGAAGGCAAAACUCUGCCUGUCGUUGACUUGUUGAACAUACUACUUGAAUAUAAAGAAUCAUCUUCCCAAGGCUUUGCAGCCUUUAUUAAAGGCUUGUAUGUGGCUGGCCACCAGAAUAUCUUCCCAGCGUUGGCCAAGUAUUCUUCUUUUGAUGCUCUUCCCCCUGGAGUGCUGGAGGGCAACGUGACAGUUGUGUCAGAGAACAUUUUAUUGGAUCCAUAUACAUUCUGGCAGCUUCUGCAUGGUCAGCUCUCCCAUUACCCAGGGUCCUACGCUGAUUUCAGUGCCCUUUUAGGCCACUUUGAACUGCGCAGUUGUUGGUGUGUUGACAGCAAGGGAGAAGAACUGCAAGGAACUAAGGCCGAGGCGAACAAGAUCCCAGCAUGCCCUGGUGCAUGCAGAAGUGUAAAGAGGGAAGCUAUGCAGUUCAUUGAUGAAGCAGAACAACUCAUCCUAGCUUCGAAUGGCUCCCAUAUUCCUUUGGGACAGAGCUUUUUAAUGGCAAAAGGACUUCGACUAACGGACAACGAUCUUCUUCAUUUUGCUGAGACCUUUCAAUCAGGGAUCGCAUUCUCUGAAAAGCUAUUGGCAGGAAGUGACUAUGCGGUCCGACUGGCAGCACAAUCAACCUUGCAUUUCUACUGGCGGAGUCACUUUACUUCAAAAGGUUCUGCUGGACAAGCAACGUUCCUGGGAUUUCAUCCUUACGUUCCCCAGUGUGAUGGCCUGGGGAACUGGGAACCAGUCCAAUGCUAUGAGAGUACUGGUCACUGCUGGUGUGUGGAUGAAAGGGGAGGCUACAUUGCAGAUUCUCUGAUCAUACGCUCAGCACAGUUCCCAAAAUGCCAGACGACAUGUCAGCGAUCUCGAGCCAAUGCGUUAAUUUCCAGCUGGAAACAGAGUGGAUCAAAGCUCAGGGCUACUGCUGCAGACCUGUUCAUCCCCUCCUGUCUUGAGACUGGAGAAUAUACUGUGCUACAGAAAUCAGACACAGGUGCUUGGUGUGUGGAUCCCACGUCAGGAACCGUAGUUCAACACAGCAGCAAGGAUUCAGAUGGCAGCCCCCUCUGUCCUGGUUUCUGUAGUAUGCUGAAGUCCAAAGUUAGCUUACGAGAAAUUGGCAAAGGGUACAUCCCUCAGUGUGAAGGGGACGAUGGGAACUUCUCACCAGUCCAGUGUGACCAGGAUCAGGAAAGCUGUUGGUGCAUCUUUGAGAAUGGAGAGGAGGUGCCUGGAACACGAGUAAGAGGAGAAAGGCCAGCAUGUGAAAGUCCCCAAUGCCUCCUGCCUUUCAAUGUGUCUUACGUGGUCAAUGGAGCACUUUUCUGUGCCAACGUCUCUGAACAAAAUCAGAGUUUUCAGAAGUGCCAGCUGAUUUGUCGUCAAGGCUUCCAUAGCGCCUUUUCCAAUGCAACAUUCCUGUGUGAUAGAGAGAGUCGCCGUUGGAUCUCAGAACCCCCCCUCUCUCAAAGCUGUCAGAAGCUCCAGUUAUUUCAGACUGUCCAAGCUCAAACACACUUUGAGCUGUUGCUGCCUUCUGAGAAGACCUGCAGCUCUGACUACGCUGGUUUACUGCAGGCAUUCCAGAUCUUUAUAUUCGAUGAAUUGAAGGCCCUUGGUUUCUGUCACAUUCAGGUAAAUACGUUUGGAAACACGGGUUCCGUUUCUGUUUGCGAUGAUUCUGCUGUGCUGGUGGAAUGUUUGAGUGUGGACAGACUGGGGGUGAACAUCACAUGGAAAGCUCAGCUUGAAGACAUCCCAGCAGCUUCUCUCCCUGAUUUACAUGAUAUCGAAAAAGCAAUUGUUGGGGAGAAUCUCAUUGGACGCUUUGUAGCACUGAUUGAAAGUGGUGGCUUUGUGUUACACUUGGACUCCAAACAGUUCCCAGCAGAUACGUCCAUUCGUUUCCCCCGAGAUGAAGAUUUUGACCUAUCUCCUAGUGUUCAGCUCGGAUGCAGGAGCGGAUUUCGAAGAAGUUCAUCUCUUCCGAGAGCGAUCCCAAAUUCCCAAGGAUGUGUUGUUUGUCCUUCAGGCAGCUACUUUCAGAAUGACGAAUGCAUUCCGUGUCCUCCUGGGUUCUAUCAAUUUCAGACAGGAAGCUCCUCCUGCAUCAGGUGUCCUGUGGGAAAAACUACUAUCUCCGUUGGAGCUUUCAUUGCUGAUCACUGUAUCAUGGAUUGUCAGAGAAAUAGGCAGGGUUUACAGUGCAGUGAAAAUGGGCAGUAUAGACCUUCCCAGGCUGAUCCCAUCACCAAGAAAUCCUUCUGUGCUGAUAGUCUUGGAAUGACACUGGACUGGACUGAAACAGACCACCCAUUGACAGAUUCCCAGUGCCUAGUGCUCAGAAAAUUUGAAAGAGUUCCUGAAUCCAAACUGAUCUACAGUACAGAAGAUGCUAGGAUCCUUCGCUCGGAAACCAUCCAAGGAGACCCUCAGAGUGCGCUCUUGCAGUGCAUUUCAGACUGUGAGACGGAUGAGUCAUGUGGAUUUGUCAUAGUAUCUGCUCUGGGUUCUGAGGUGUUGUGUGAACUGUACAGUGCUGCUGAAACCAACUUCAACUGUACCACUUCUGGACUGAUGAAAGGUGUUAUGGGAAAUUCUGCUGCCACUAGCAUUGCUAAUCUUAGCUGCCUGCUUAAAGUGAGGAACCAAGAGAAGGAUGAAGUGACUGUGUAUCUCAAAAAAGGACAAGAAUUCACCAUAUCUGGUCUCAAGACCUUUGAGCUGACGGAUUUUCAGAAUGUGCUUUCUGGCGUGUACGACUCAGUGGUUCUCUCGGCAGCUGGCAUAUCUUUGACAGACGUUCAUCUCUUCUGCCGUCAGGCUUGCAGCCAGGAUCCUUGCUGUGAUGGUUUUAUCCUCAGCCAGGUUGUACUUGAUGGAGGUACUAUCCUGUGUGGGUUGAUGAGCUACCCAGAUGUGUUGAUCUGCCACAGAAAUGACUGGAGUCGAAACUCAAAGCCUGGAGGAGAUGGAAUAUGUAAACGGGUGAACUACAAUGAAAAAAAGCAGCAGUUUUUAUUCAAUCUGGGAGGACAAGAGUUCGCUGGAACUUCUGAGCUCUCAGAAGAAACGGAAGGAGCCUUCAGCAGCUUUCAGCGUGUCUAUCUGUGGAGAGGUUCUGAUAUGAUUACCCGGACGAAAUCCUCUGCAUGUGAUGCUGCUGUUUUACAAACCCAGACCGAGCUAAUGUUACCAGAUUCUGUAAUGGAACUUUUUUCCCUAAUGGACAACAGCCUGAUACAACUAGACCAAAGCCGUUCCAUCCCAUCCCAGCAAUACUGGCUCUUCAAACACAAGUAUUCAGCAGAGCAGGCGACGCUCUGGUGUCUCACACGUUGUGCACAAGAAGACGCAUUUUGUCAGCUGGCAGCUCUUCAGAAUACCACAAGCACAUAUUUUGCCUGCACACUCUAUCCAGAGGCUCAGAUCUGUGAUAAUUACAUCAACCACAUCCCCGAAAACUGUCAGACAGUAUUACCCCAGCAACUGCAGACCGUGUAUCACAAAAUAGUCAUUCUAGAAGGGACUGCGAAGAGCUUCUACACACGUUUACCGUUCCGUAAAGUAAUUGGAGUCUCAGUGAGAAACAAGAUUGACAUGAGCGGGAAAGCCAUUUCCGAUGGGUUUUUUGAGUGUGAGCGCCGAUGUGAUGCUGACCCCUGUUGCACAGGAUUUGGGCUUUUAAAUGACUCACAGUCAACAGGUGGUGAGGUGCUCUGCUUGACUCUGAACAGUUUAGGAAUCCAGACCUGCACUGAGGAAACGGGAAGCACUUGGCAGAUUUCCGAUUGCAGCUCUCCAGAUGUCAGAAUAUAUCCAUUUGGCUGGUAUCAGAAGCCUGCAACCAUGACGAAUACUAUACCCAAUGUGUGCCCACCUGUUCUGUUUCCUCGUAGCCCAGAGAA